AUGUCUGCCGCUCUCCCCCUCCAACGACGCUAUCUUGUGAUGAGGUCCGCGUCGGCGCUCUGCCGCCACGGCCGCGAAAAAGUACCGGAGGGCAAAUUUCUGGAUCUUGCCGCUGGCUGUCUUUGGAAACUCCGUCUCAUUUAUGUAAAAGACGAAUUUGGGUACUAUGACAAGGUGAACGUGACCCAUUGGGCCCGUGCGGGACCUUGUGGUCCCCUGUUUCCCUGUGCCAUUGGCCUAGUUUGGUCGGCAAGGAUCGGAUCAAAGAGCAGUGGGACUCAAGUCCGUUCCACGACUGUGGGGGGAUCAUAUGAACUCCGACCGAAUUCCUGGAGAGAUCCUUCGUACCAAAGCAAGGGGAAAACCGAAGUUGACAGAGGAGGGUAUUCUCAAAAGGGAAAAGCAAAGAUGACGGUAUGGGCGGAAUCAUGA